AUGAAGAAUGAAACAGCAGUCCCUUAUUUUCUGCUCCUGGAAUUCUCAAAUAAUUGGCACUUGCAGCUUUUGCAUUUCUCCUUCUUCCUUGUGUUGUAUCUGGCUACUAUAACAACAAAUCUUCUCAUCAUCUCUGCGGUAACUUUAGACCAUUGACUGCACAGCCCCAUGUACUUCUUUCUCAUGAAUUUGUCUCUACUGGGCCUGGGCAUUGUUUCAGUCAUUGUACCCAAAUCCAUGAUAAAUUCUCUCAUGAACACCAGAUACAUCUCCUAUUUUGGUUGUGUGGCUCAAAUAUUUCUCUUUCCCUCCUUUGGAGCUUCUGAUUUUUUCCUCCUGACAAUAAUGGCAUAUGAUCGAUAUGUUGCCAUUUGCCAUCCACUGCAUUAUCAGAUGGUAAUGAAUUGGAAAGCCUGUACUGAAAUAAUUAUUCUAAUUUGGUUGAUAGGGUUUUUCUAUGGACUGUUGCACACCAUUUGCACUUUUUCCAUCAUUUUUUGUUCUAAUGUGGUCAACCAAUUUUUCUGUGAAAUUCCACAAUUGCUAAAAUUAUCCUGCUCUGGCUUAAAUCUAUGUGACACUAGUGUUCUUCUGGUCGGUAUUAUUGCUGGACUAGAUUGUUUUAUUUUUAUACUUGUAUCUUAUGCAGUGAUAUUUAAGACAACGUUAAGAAUCCCUUCUGAAAAAGGAAGACAAAAGACCUUAUCCACUUGUCUUCCCCACUUGAUAGUAGUGUCUACAUUAUUAUUAAGUGGAUGCUUUGCUUAUCUGAGACCUCCCUCAAACACACCAUCUUACUUAAAUUUUGGAUUGACUGUUCUGUACUCCAUUCUUCCACCCCUGUUCAACCCAAUCAUCUAUAGCAUGAGAAAUAAGAAUAUCAAAUGUGUCCUUUCUCAACUAUGGAGAUUCUGA